AGUCAUUACUUAAAGCAACAAAUCUCUCAUCCUUCCUAGCUUAAUGUCUACGACAAAAACAUUAUCGCUUCUGGUGCUUCUACUCUUCGUGUCCCUUGUUCACGCCACAGAUCAAUGUCCGUUCAAUUCCAUCUACCAAUUCGGUGACUCCAUCGCCGACACCGGAAACCUAAUUCGUACCGGUCCUGUCGGAGCCAGAUCUCACGCUGCAAACUACCCAUACGGUCAAACAUACUUCCACCAAGCCACCGGUCGUCUCUCCAACGGACUGCUAAUGAUCGAUUACUUGGCACGCAGGCUUGAUCUUCCAUUCCUAAACCCUUACCUCAACGGAAACACAACGUCUUCGUCUUUUAAGAACGGUGUUAACUUCGCCGUCUCGGGAAGCACAGCACUCAACAGCUCCUUCUUCGCCGCGAGAAACCUCCACGUUCCGGAAACAAACACUCCUCUCUCCACACAGCUCGCUUGGUUCAAGUCUCAUCUACGUUCCACGUGUCAAGGCCCUUCUUCUGAUUGCUUGAAGCAGUCGCUUUUCAUGAUGGGUGAGAUAGGAGGUAACGACUACAACUACGGUAUCUUUCAAGGCAAACCCAUGGAAGAGAUUAGAAGCUACAUACCACAUGUGGUUGGAGCCAUCACAGCUGCAGCUAGAGAGGUGAUCCGAGCCGGUGCGGUUAACGUGGUCGUCCCAGGAAACUUUCCGGUGGGAUGUUUUCCGAUUUAUUUGACGUCUUUUCCAGUGAAGGAUCCAAAAGCUUACGACGACAAAGGUUGCCUGAAGCAUCUCAACGAAUUCGCCAUGGAUCACAAUAACCAACUCCAAGAAGCUAUAGCUUCUUUGAGAAAAGAGUUUCCCAAUGUGGCUAUCGUCUACGGAGAUUACUACAACGCGUUUCAAUACGUUCUACGUAGUGAAGGAUUCGACAAGAGUAUGGCUUUGAAAUCGUGUUGCGGGAUCGGUGGAGCUUACAACUACGACGGAAAGAGACCAUGCGGAGCAGCGGGAGUGCCGGUGUGUCAGAAUCCAAACAAGUUUAUAAGUUGGGAUGGAGUGCACUUGACUCAAAAGGGUUAUAGAUUCAUGUCCAAGUUCUUGAACAAUCAGAUUCUUUCACAGACCAAGUGUUCUAGGGCCUAAUCAGGAGCGUGCGUGUUCUUUAGUUUUCAAGUGUCUCCUUAGUUAUUUAAUACCAGCAGUUUUUGUGUUAUUUUGUAUAAACCUCGAUACCCAUAAAUCUUAGGUAUUUGGUUUAUUACGAUUGUAACAACACUUUUUUUACACAAGUGACUUGAA